AUGGACUUCCAGCAUCGCCCUGGGGGUAAGACGGGAAGUGGAGGCGUGGCCUCCUCCUCAGAGAGCAACCGAGACCGCAGGGAGCGCCUCCGGCAGCUGGCCCUGGAGACCAUUGACAUCAACAAGGACCCUUACUUCAUGAAGAACCACCUGGGCUCCUACGAGUGCAAGCUGUGCCUGACCCUGCACAACAACGAGGGGAGUUACCUGGCGCACACCCAGGGGAAGAAGCAUCAGACCAACUUGGCCCGGCGAGCCGCCAAGGAGGCCAAAGAGGCCCCCGCCCAGCCGGCGCCAGAGAAGGUCAAGGUGGAGGUGAAGAAGUUUGUGAAGAUCGGCCGCCCGGGCUACAAAGUGACGAAGCAGAGGGACACAGAGAUGGGCCAGCAGAGUCUCCUCUUCCAGAUCGACUACCCCGAGAUCGCCGAGGGCGUCAUGCCCCGCCACCGCUUUAUGUCCGCCUACGAGCAGAGGAUCGAGCCUCCGGACCGGCGCUGGCAGUACCUCCUGAUGGCCGCCGAGCCCUACGAGACCAUCGCCUUCAAGGUGCCAAGCAGGGAGAUUGACAAGGCCGAGGGCAAGUUCUGGACCCACUGGAAUCGGGAAACGAAGCAGUUUUUCCUCCAGUUCCACUUCAAGAUGGAGAAGCCUCCAGCCCCACCAAGCCUCCCUGCUGGGCCC